UCCUUUCGAAUAGGCGAUUCGCUCGCACUUUGUCGUUGUGCAGAAAAAUAACACUGUUAUUUUUAAAAAGGUCCUUAAUUUUAAUCCUACAUGCGAGAAUGUCGUCUGAAAAAGUCGAUUGGGGAAAAUAUGUGGAGGAACAAGAAAAACUCACUUCACAAGUGACAAAUUUAGAUAUCAGCUCGAAGUUGAGUUCAAAUGCAACAAGCAUAAACAAUGUAUCGCAAAACCCAGCACCUACAUCUCAAUCUUCUGCUGGAGCUAGUGUUCCUGGUGAUGGUUCUUCCGAAGGAGAUGAUAAAGAUCAGCCACUAGCUCCGGCUGAAAAAUCUCUGCUUCAGAAGAUUAUUAGACGAGGACUUGUAGAAACCACUAAGCCAUUAGAAAUCCAACGGAAGAAUCCUAACUCACCCUUGUACAGUAUCAAAACUUUUGAAGCUCUUCAUCUAAAACCUGAGUUGUUAAAAGGUGUGUACAGUAUGGGGUUUAAUACUCCAUCUAAAAUACAAGAGACUGCUUUACCCACACUUCUAGCUGAUCCGCCUCAGAAUAUGAUUGCACAGUCACAGUCUGGUACUGGAAAAACUGCUGCAUUUGUACUUGCAAUGCUUAGUAGGGUAGAUCCUACCAAAAAUUAUCCACAGGUUCUUUGUUUAUCACCAACUUAUGAACUGGCAAUUCAAACUGGUGAAGUAGCAGCAAGAAUGUCUAAGUUUUGUCCAGAGAUAAAAUUAAAAUAUGCAGUUAGAGGAGAAGAUUUAGCUAGAGGGAGCAGGCUACAAGAGCACAUAAUUAUUGGAACUCCUGGAAAAGUUUUGGACUGGAGUCUUAAAUUUAAAUUUUUUGACCUAAAAAAAAUAUCUGUUCUUGUCCUGGAUGAAGCUGAUGUAAUGAUUGCUAUGCAAGGUCAUCAAGAUCAAUGUAUCAGAAUACACAAAAUGUUAUCUCCAACAACUCAGAUGAUGUUCUUCUCAGCUACAUAUGAUCCAGACGUAAUGGAAUUUGCUGAAAUCAUUGUUAGUAAUCCUAUAAUUAUAAGACUGUUGAAAGAAGAAGAAUGCUUAGAUAACAUAAAACAAUAUUACGUUAAGUGUAACAAUAUGGAUGAAAAGUAUCAAGCCAUAACAAAUAUUUAUGGAGUAAUCAGUAUUGGACAAGCUAUCAUUUUUUGUCAUACAAGAAAAACUGCAAGUUGGUUAGCAGCUAAAAUGACAAAAGAUGGACAUGCUGUAGCCAUUUUAUCCGGGGACCUAAAUGUUGCUGACAGAAUUCAAGUUCUUGAUAGAUUCCGGGAAGGGAUGGAAAAAGUUUUGAUUACAACGAAUGUUCUCGCAAGAGGCAUUGAUGUUGAACAAGUGACACUAGUGGUCAACUUUGAUCUUCCUAUUGACCAGCAAGGCAGAGCCGAUUGUGAAACAUAUUUGCACAGAAUCGGUAGGACAGGACGAUUCGGUAAAUCUGGCAUUGCGAUAAAUUUAGUUGACUCUCCUCAUGCAAUGAAAGUUUGUCAGGACAUCGAGCAUCAUUUCAAAAAAAAAAUCCACUUGUUAGAUGCUGAAGAUGCUGAUGAGAUUGAGAAGAUUGGUGCUUAAUGUUAAUUUUAAUGCAUGAUUUUUGGAGAUAAUUUAUCAUUUAAAUGAAGUCUUUGUAUAUUAAGAACGUAUAGGUUUCUAUUCACGAAGAAUUCUUAUAAAAUAAACCUGUUUCGUAAUA